ACUAUGCACCAUUAUUUCUUCCGGCUGUCCUUACCAUUCUCCUGUUGUCUGUUGCAGUCUUUAGAAGAAAUCAUGAUGGAGACGCGCACCCCUCUGGAAUGGCACUUCAAGCAGUUGGACCAUUCCAUGGGACUCAGCUUUAGAAAUAAUUUCAAUUUUGCUUUAGUUGGUCACUUACUCAAAGGGUUCCGACACACGUCUCCUACAACGGUAUCUCGGACUAUUCGGGUCCUGAAUCAGUUACUGGUCAUCACUGUGAAACCAUUAAAUAGGGAUAAGUUUGAAGUCACCCCUCAGACGGUUCCAUAUUUGGCAGCAUUGGUUUCUGUGUCCGAAGAGGUCCGCAGUCGAUGUCAUCUGAAGCAUCGGGUCAGCCAGUAUGUGAUGACCGACUCACCGUCCUCGGACAGCAUCAAUGCUGCCGAGCCAGAAACGCCGAACACGAGCAUCGGACCCAGUGCAUCGGCGCACUCCAUGUCUUCGCCCUCCAUCCAGACGCCCGCCAAUGCCCAGCCCUCCAUAACACCUGUCACUCGUCGCCAGAAGAGCUGGGACAUUCUUGAUAAGAGCGCCAUCUCUGUGGCCAGGAACAACACACAUUUGAUGCAAAAUCAGAGUUUUUGGUUGCUGCCAAGGGAGCCCUCCUUCGAUGGGGGCUCAGCAAACAAGAGGGCACAGCUCCAGGUGAACAGUCCCAAAGUUUGGCGUAGCUUUGAUGCAGAUUCUUCCACCCGGCCGCCAUUGUUUAAGACUCGUAGCAGUUCCAUGCCAACCCCAGGCUCAAAGAAGUUAGACAGCUCCAAGUCCGGCUUGAACUUGCCGCGCAGCGGACGUGGAUCGGUGUCGAAUGAAAACAACGUGUUGCUAGAUCCUGAAGUGCUGACAGGUUACGAUACGCAAGUCCUCGUACUCACUGUCUUGGCAACUUUGGUCCGUAACACAACAGAUGAAAAUGAAGCUCGAAUAUUGUACGAAUAUUUAGCGGAGGCGUCAGUUGUCUUUCCUCGUGUUUUUCCUGUGAUACAUAGUCUCCUUGAUGCCAAAAUCAAUUCGGUGUUAUCGUUAAGCCAAGACCAGGCCAUCCUCAACGCCGUACAAAGCAUCAUCCAAAAUAUGAUUGCCUGCGAGGACUCAUCCCAGCAGCAGCUGUCGUUUCUCCAGAGUAUUGGGUUUGGUGGACUGUGGAGGUUUGCUGGUGUAUUUUCCAAGACAACGCAACCGAGCGACAACGCAGAGCUGUUUGUCAAGGUUUGCAAAUUGAUGGUUGAAACAUGUCUCCCCAGCGGCGAACCUGACCUCUUCAACUCCUCCUCCCACUACUACAACAACAACAACAACAACAACAACAUUACCAACCUCAACAACAAUAUUAACAACAACAACAACUACAACAACACCACCAGCAGCAGCAGCAGCAACAACGGCAGCAGCCUUGCCAUCGUGUCCAACCUGAAUUUGUCAAGCUCCAUGUCCAACCUGAGCGUGGGAAGUUUACACUCACCGACGGAGAAGGACUCAACGCUUGACGGUUUUGUUUUCUCUGGUUCGUGCUCUCUCAACAAUGGCAGCCGUAUGCGUCAUGUGUCAGCAAACAACGUCUCCAGUAAGGUGACCCGGUCGGGUAGUUUGAAACGGAUGGAUAGUGUUGGGAAGAGGCACGCUUCGUUCCAACACGAUUAAAUGGAAAAAAAACUGAAAUGAGAAAAAAAAAAAAAAUUUUUUUUUUCUGUUGGGGGGAAAAAAAGAAAAGAAAAAGUUUGAAAGUAAAA